AUGAUUUCCUCCAUAAAGGGCCAAAAUUUAAACCUAAAAAAAUAUAUGCAAUAUGAUCAUUUAAGUGAUUUUGCCUGUAAAUUUGUUAAUCAACCAUUAGAUUUAAUGGAUCGUACUCAGCUAGAAGUUACUGAAGUGAGCUCAUUUGACCACAGGACGGAUGAUAACGAUGGUGAUGGUAGUAAUAAUAAUGCUAGAAAUCCAACAAACAUGGAUAUUUCAUUCAAUCCACUUCCACAUUUACACACAACAUCUGAAAAAACUGAGAAUAAGAACAGUGAAGAUAAAGAUGGAUUUGAUUCCAAUGAUGAUUAUGAUAAUGAUCAGCGGCAUGCAACACUUUCCAAUUAUAACAAUGACUGUUUGAGUGUUGCAGACAAAAAUCAAUUAGCAUGGAAAGAAUUUCAUAUGAUUAAUACUUAUUCGACGCAACUUGAUACCAACGAGUUUUAUGAACAUUUAGAAGAUUUGAAACAUUUAUUUUUAUCGUGGACUGGAAAAUAA